AGGCUGGUUUGCGUCGACAUGGCGGUUUCCCUGAGAGUCUUGCUGGGGGGCGCGUUUGCGCUGCCGUCGCUCGCUGUGGGUUCGCGACCCGGGGGGUGGCGGGCCCAGGCCCUAUCGGCCGGGAGCCGGACCCCGAUUCCGACUGGGAGCCGGAGGAAUGGGAGCUGCAGGAGGUGGAGAGGUACCGGCUUCUCCUCGGGCCCUCAGCUUGAAGCUGGGCCUCGCGCCCCGGCGCCCCAGGCCGCGCCCCCUUUGCGCCGGGUGUCCUGCCGCUGCUUGCGCGGCGGCCCUCGUUUCCUCCUACCCGUUGUUAGUCGCGCAGCGUGAGGUGUUCAGCUCCCCAGGGACCACUGGUCCCUUCAUUAGUGACGUAUUUCAUCAUUAGUUUAGAGAGUUCGGCAUGCUUACAGGCAGUUAUUGUUCUAGGUGUUAGCUUUCUGGGUGUACAGAGCAGCUCUAAGCCGGCAACACGGCCCGGUUGCCCUUGCGAUCAAAGAGAAGAGGGCUGGGCGCUCCAUGAUUUAGCCUGAGGCUCUACAAACAUCCAUUCUGCUUCCACGCAUGGCUUGUGCCAUUGGUUCUCCUCCCCCAGCACCCUGAAAGGACAGAAAAAAGCAAUCCGAUUCCAGAAAAUUCGGAGGCAAACGGAGGCGCCUGGUGCCCCGCCCAGAACCCUGACUCGGGAAGCCAUGGAGCAGAUCCGGUAUUUACGUGAGGAAUUUCCAGAGUCCUGGUCAGUUCCCAGGUUGGCUGAAGGCUUUAAUGUCAGCACUGAUGUGAUCCGAAGAGUUUUAAAAAGCAAGUUUGUACCCACAUUGGAGCAGAAGCUGAAG